AUGGUUUCUUGCAAGAACGGGCAGCAGGCGUCAAAGCGGUUGCUACCCUCUCGACGUGGUAUGAAGGCAUCUCCGCCGCCGAUACAGCGCUCGGCCUCUUGGGCGUCAGCCCCUGCGAACCCCAUGGAGAUGAAGAGUACACGGUAUGCCCGCAAGCAAGCAAACUGCGAACACGCCAAGCCCUACAAUGGCGACUCAACACUGCCACUCUACAUGAUCUCAGACGUGCCCAUGUACCUACGCGACAACGGCUACAUCCUUCGCGGGUAUCGCGCCUACUAUACUGGCAAGCAGUGUGUCACAAGCGUUCUCCGCAUGCACAACGAGACAAUCAAUAUUUGGACACAUCUUCUCGGGGUCCUUGUGUUUCUGGGGAUGGUAGUGCAGCUGUUUACCCAGCACAUCAUUCCAGAGUAUCUUGCAGGUAACGUGUUCCACCGGGAGAACCGCACGGCAAAGCCGGUCCAUGUUAGUGGCGCGCGUACCCGUUUGCCCUUUAUCAUCUUUGGCGCUUUCUCGUUUAGUUGCGUCAUGUGCAUGCUGUGCAGUGCGUGUUUUCACACAUUUCUGUGCCACAUGAGCGAGGAGUUCUACCAUCGCAUGCACGCGCUUGACUACUACGCCAUCACCCUCCUCGUCGUCGGCUCCUUUCUGCCCUUCUGCUUCUACGCCAUGCACUGUGCCCCAGCGUGGCGGAACGCGUACUUGU